AUGAAUAGCGCUAGGCUUCUGCCUCGGCAAAUCCGCAGCAUUAUCAACAAGAGAUAUUUUGCUAAACACGCCUUUCAAAAGACAUUGAACCUGCCCAAGACCAAAUUCCCGAACAGAUCAAACCUAGACACAUCAUUGAGGGAACUAAUACCAAAAUCCUCACAGGUAGUUUAUAAAGAGCAACUAGACGAUUUCUUUGAGGAUUUCUCGAAGCUCAGUACAAUCGAUUGUAAAUUGAAGUUCAUUAACGAAAAGUUAUUCAUUUUGCAUGAUGGUCCGCCCUAUGCGAAUGGCGACCUACAUCUCGGACAUGCUUUGAAUAAAGUUUUAAAGGAUAUUAUCAAUAGAUAUCAGCUCUCACAGGGAAAAUACAUUUUCUACAAACCUGGCUGGGAUUGUCAUGGAUUGCCCAUUGAAAUAAAGGCUUUAAAGGAUUUGAGUGCACAACAAAUUGAAUCAAUAUCGCCUUUAAAAAUUAGAUCGCUGGCGUCAAAACAUGCACAAAAGGCAAUAAAGAAACAGAAAGAAACUUUCAAACAAUUUGCUAUCUUGACAGACUGGGAAACUCCAUACAUCACAAUGGAUAAACAUUACGAAAUCGAUCAAUUAAACAUCUUUAAAGAAAUGUUUGACAGAGGAUUGAUUAAGAGACAAAAUAAGCCAGUUUAUUGGGGUACGGAAACCAGAACUGCUCUAGCAGAAGGAGAACUAGAGUAUAAUGAAAAUCAUAAAUCCAUUGCCGCUUAUGUUAAGUUUCCUUUAGAGAAAGAAUCUGACCGAGAUUUAUGCAGGAAGCUAGGGAUAACUAACAACUUACCUAUAUACUGUUUAAUUUGGACCAGUACUCCAUGGACUCUUUUUUCUAAUCGAGCGAUCUGUUUCAAUCAAGACUUUUCCUAUUCCAUUUUGCGCAUCAGCGACGAGCUUAUUGUAGUGGAAACAGAUUCCAUUGAUGAAUUGAACCUGCCAAUGGGAUCAUACAAGAUUAUCAAACAAUUUCAAGGGACCCACCUACAUGGGCUGUACUAUCAAAAUCGCCUAACAAACGAUAAUGUUCGUAGACCUUUAUUAAAUGGCACCCAUGUUACCAGUGGUACAGGGACAGGGCUGGUUCAUACAGCACCAGGGCAUGGGCAAGAUGACUAUUUAAUUGGUAUGCAGAACAAUCUUGAAAUUUAUUCUCCUGUGGAUCAUGAAGGCCGUUAUCAAUUGAACGAACUUCCUGAAUCUGUAAGAUGUUUCAUGAGAGAUGAAAAAGACGCAUCGAUGGGAAAGCAAGUUUUAGAUAUAGAAACUGCAAAUGUCAUUUUACAGAAGCUAAGUGACCUGAAUUUACUAUAUAAAUUCCACGAAUACACACACUCCUACCCGUAUGACUGGAGAUCCAAGAAGCCUGUCAUAAUAAGAGCCACUCCGCAAUGGUUUACAGAUCUGCAUGAUGUUAAAAAUUUGGCUUUGGAAGGUAUUGAACGUGUCAAGUUCCAUCCUGAAAGAGGAUACACGAGACUUUCCUCCUUUAUUAAAAGUAGAAACGAAUGGUGUAUCUCGAGACAACGUUCAUGGGGAAUUCCUAUUCCAAGUUUCUUUAAAAAAAGUGAACCGGAUGCCAUUUUGAUGAAUUCUGAAACUUUGGCACAUGCUAUCAAAACAAUCGAAAAAAAAGGAAUCAAUGCCUGGUUUAAUAAUGAAGAUGAUGACAUGAAAGAAUGGUUACCGGAAAAAUAUCACGAAGUGGCGCAUGAGUACUCCCGCUCUCUAGAUACCAUGGACGUGUGGUUUGAUAGUGGGUCAUCGUGGAGCGUAAUCAAGGACUUCUAUGAAAAACAAUUGAAAUUGACGAAAUUGCCAUAUCCAUUAUACCAAGUUUGUCUGGAAGGGUCUGACCAACAUAGAGGAUGGUUCCAAAGUUCAUUAUUGACGAAAACAGCAUCAAGUAAUGUAUCUGUCGCGCCAUAUGAGGAGGUGAUUACCCAUGGAUUUACUUUGGAUGAAAACGGCUUGAAAAUGUCAAAAUCGGUGGGGAAUACAAUCUCUCCCGAGGCGAUUAUUCAAGGCGAUGAAUGUUUAGGAUUACCACCUUUAGGUGUUGACGGUUUGAGAUACCUGAUAGCACAAUCUAAUUUUACUAAUGACAUAGUGGUUGGUCCAACUGUGAUGAAACAUGUAGGAGAAGCUUUGAAAAAAAUCAGACUAACAUUCCGUUAUCUGUUAGGUAAUUUACAGAAUUCUACAAACUUUAACCUUUUACCCGCUGAUGAACUACGCCGUGUUGACCAAUAUACCUUAUAUAAGGUAAACGAAUUGCUAGACACGACAAGAACUCAUUAUGAAAAUUAUAACUUUUCCAAGGUCCUUGUUGCCCUUCAAUACCACUUGAAUAAUGACCUGUCAGCGUUUUACUUUGAUGUUUCGAAGGAUACUCUUUAUUCCGAUCAAAUAUCGUCUUUGAAAAGAGAGCAGGUGCAAACUACGCUUUUCCAUAUACUGAAUGCAUAUAGAGCAAUUCUUGCACCAAUUUUGCCUGUUAUGGUCCAAGAAGUAUGGAAAUACGUCCCUAAAGGAUGGUUCCAAGCACAGGAACAGAUGAGUAUCAGUCCGAUGCGCGAAAAAUGGCCUCAUUUCGAAAUAAAUCCAGAAACCAAUAGUUCCUUUGAAGAAUCCGAGCUGAGAAUUGCAAAACAGUUUCAGAAAGAAUUCAGGAGCUUGAGUUUAGAAGAGGGAAUCACAAAAACUGCGCAAAGUCACGUUACUGUCUUCACCAAUCAUUCCCUACCAUUCAGUUCUAGUGAGCUUUGUGACAUUUUGCAAGCAUCUGCUGUUGAAAUAUCACCAGCCGAUAUUGAUCACAAUGAUUUACCAAUCAUUGGAUUGGGAAGCGGAACAAACGUUCAGAUCUUGGUUGAACGAAGCAAAAGACAUAAUUGCCCCAGAUGUUGGAAAUCCAACUCAACGGAAGAGGAUACAUUAUGUGAUAGAUGUGAAGAGGUCGUAAAUAAAAAGACAUCUUGA